CGGCGAUAUUUGUCAGCCAUUGGCAGCCCUGUUCGCUGAACUUGAAUUUAGUUAUUUUCGUGUGCUGUGCGCCGAUAAACCGAAUUGUGGUGAAAUAUCCGUCUCGAACCGUUUUUUGACCGAUACCCGAUUGGAGAAUGGGCAACAGUGCAUCUCAGGGAGUUGCAGCUCCAAGUGUUUCGGCGGCCCACCCGUUGACCACCGCAUCCGCAGCCACCGCAUCCGGCGAGAAGCCCAAGUGCAAGGCAUGUUGCGCCUGCCCGGAGACCAAGCGGGCACGUGACGCCUGCAUUGUGGAGAACGGCGAGGAGAAUUGCUUGGCGCUGAUAGAGGCGCACAAGAAGUGCAUGCGCGAUGCCGGCUUCAAUAUCUAGAUAUACCGACAUAUCCUGGGAUGAGGACACCAGGAUUAUAGGAUAACACUAGUCCUGCACACACACGCCCUGUGCCACACCUCGGAUCCCCAGUCCCUUCAACUGUUUGUUUUUGUUGCAUCUCAAGCUAAUUAUAGAACUAAAUUAAUUGAAAGCCAA